AUGGCAGCCGAGGGAAGACGUUGCCGACGGUUUGCGUUUUCCUGUUCCUCUAAGCGAGAGAAAAAGGGAGGAGGAGAUGUGGUGGAGGCUGUCUUGAACUCAUGCCAUAACAGUCUGGAGAAGAACCAGUAAAUUGAAACUCAGCCCAGAGAAGAUUGCCUUGGUCACUAAAGAAAGGAAGAGGAGGAGAAGAAAAACGCCCAAAUCAACAUUCACAGUGUCUGGCCUAGUAUCUGCAUACAAGCUGAUCGAAAGAGGAUGAAUCCUGACUUACGAGAUAUCAUCAGUAUGGGCAAAGGAGAUCCUAAAAAGCCGAGAGGUAAAAUGUCCUCUUAUGCCUUCUUUGUGCAAACCUGCCGGGAAGAGCACAAGAAGAAACAUCCAGAUGCUUCUGUGAAUUUUUCAGAGUUCUCAAAAAAAUGUUCAGAAAGGUGGAAGACUAUGUCUGCUAAAGAGAAGGGAAAGUUUGAAGAUAUGGCAAAAGGUGACAAGGCUCGUUAUGAAAGAGAAAUGAAAAAUUAUAUACCACCUAAAGGAGAGUCAAAAAAGAAGUUCAAGGACCCAAAUGCACCAAAGAGACCUCCUUCAGCAUUUUUCUUAUUUUGCUCUGAGUUUCGUCCAAAAAUCAAAGGAGAGCAUCCUGGUCUUUCUAUUGGGGAUGUUGCAAAGAAACUUGGAGAGAUGUGGAAUAACACUUCUGGAGAUGAUAAGCAGCCCUAUGAAAAGAAGGCUGCUAAACUGAAGGAAAAGUAUGAAAAGGAUAUUGCUGCCUACCGGGCUAAAGGGAAGCCUGAUGUAGCAAAAAAGAUUGCUCCUAAGCCUGAGAAGAGCAAGAAAAAGAAGGAAGAGGAGGAUGAGGAUGAGGAUGAAGAUGAGGAAGAAGAAGAGGAUGAAGAAGAGGAGGAGGAGGAAGAAGAGGAAGAGGAUGAUGAAUAAACCUCUUCUAGAGCAGAUUUUCUUGUCUAUAAAAGCAUAUAACCCCCCUGUACACAACUCACUCCUUUUAAAGAAAAAAAUGAAACAUAAGGCUGUGUAAGAUUUGUUUUUAAACUGUACAGUGUCCUUUCUUUCUUUUCCUGAUUUCCCCCCUUCCCCCCCCUUUUUUUUGUAUAGUCAACACACUACCAAAUGUGUCUCUAGGUAGCCCUGUCCUUUUAGUGGCAUCUAAGCAGCCACUAACCUUGCCUAGUACAGUAUGGGGGUUGUAAAUUGGCAUGGAAGUUUAAAGCAGGUUUCUUGUUGGUGCACAGCACAAAUUAGUUAUACAUGGGGAUGUAGUUCUUCAUCUUCAGUUGUCUCUGCAUCAUAAAAAUAGCUGUUCUGUUCUCUAAAUACCACUCUGUAAUUGCAAAACAAAAAAGUUGUAGCUGUUGACAUUCUGAUUGCUUCUAAGUAAAUGCAAUUUUUUAUUAGUAUUGUUGUCCUUUUAAUAGGUGCCCUUGUAAAGCCAUUAUUCCCCCCCCCCCUUUUUUCUUGUCCUUGGAAAGCUUGUCCUUUGUUACACCCUUUUGGGAUCACGUCAGAGUUACAGUUCGUAUCUUCAUAUAAGAGGUUUGUUCUGCAUACCCUACAUAAUCAUGAUAGGGUAGGAAAUAUGUAUCGGCAUAUGUGCAAAGCAGUUUUUUUUUAUUGUAACAGGCCACUUAAAAAAAGAACUUGUUUUUAGCCAGUCUGUAUUUGCUCAGCUUUUGCUGCGUACAAUAUUCUACUGAGUUGUGUAAAUUUACCAGUCUUGUAAGGUUGAUAAGUAUAGAAUUCAAUUCUGUGGCAUGGAACACUUUCAGGGGGGAAAUAAGUUCAAAUCAGUGUCCUUGGAGGACCAAUAAGAGAGAUUCACAUUUUACUCUGUGAAGAAUUUAUGUGUGACUCCAUUGGCUGGAAAUGAGAGUUAUAUUAGCAAAAACCUGAACACAGAGGUGGGUGUACCCUAAGCAGGUAAUGUUAAAUGCUAAAUUAGCGUAAUCCUUUUAGGAUGCCAUGUCAAGUGAUAAGUUAUGGGUUUACUACCAGGACAGUUUUAUGGUAUAAAAUGUCCCAAGAGAAAAGAUUUUACUUUGGUAAUGUUUUCUAUAAGUGAUACCAUCGUUUGAGCUGUAAAAAUUCAUGUUUUCCUAGCCAUGCUUGUUUUAGCCCAUUUACAAAACUUGUCUCAAACUAAAAUGAGAUGUAUUUUUUUCUGUUAGCCUUUUAUAGCGCAUUCUGGAUGUCUGCCCAUUUUGUAAGUUAAAAAUAUAUGGAAAAUACUCCCUCCUUCCAUUUAGAUAUGAGGUAUUCCAGUGAUCUCUGAUUUGUAGGUUGCUCUGAAAACCAAAGUUCAAAGUUUUUUUCGUAUUUGGUAAAAGCUGCUGGCAAUUCUAACUCUUCCAUGUUUACCUGCAGACUAAUAUGGGGAUUGAUUGACAAUUCUUUAGUUAUGAAAUUAUGGUUCUCAAGUGCCAGUGUUUAAAGAUAGCAUUCUUGUAAUUUUACACACUUUUUUGAUGGAGUAUUGUUUUGUUAUACAAUUUUGACUUUUAAGAUUCUUACUUCAAUUUGCAUUGGUUUAUGUAUAACCUCAGGAGAAUACUGAACACCCGAUUUCCUGGUUGAUACUAAUAAAGUAAUAAUUACAGAGGUUUUA